AUGGCUGGCUUGGAGGGGUUGGGCAUGCUCAUGAAGAACCUGGACAGCACAUACACCUGCCCCGUGCAAGCGGCAAAGCAUUUCAAACUGGUGGCUGAACUAGCUUUGGCCAACGGGCAUCUUAGCCGUGCACGUUGUCUGAUGCAGCUGGGGAACAUCUUCAAGAUCCAGGCCAUGGCUCGCUGGUACAACACCCUUCCGGACGCCGGGGACCCUCGGAUGCUGGCCGUGGCAAGCGGUUCGAGCCUCGACUUCAAGCUCCUUACUUGCAACGUAAUUGCUGGAUCGGUGAAGCAUGGUUCAGAUUUGCAGCAAGAGGUGGAGUACACCAUUGCCGUGACGCAGCUCCAUGCAGGACUGAAGACUCCGCAGCGUGCCAUCGACACCUGGCGGCACACGACAGCAGCGCGAUGCAUAGAUGGCAUAGUUGAAUGUCUUGGGGGCUGGAGAGUGGAGAGUUCGCAUGGCGGCCCGGAUCCGACGUCGCAGACAGGCGCCGACUGCCCUCUGCCCGAGCUUUCCGUCCCGAACCACAGGGCCUACUCCGAACGCCACGAGUACAAGUACGUUCUUCACGAAGAGCUGCCUCUGCCAGACCGAGAAGCUCAUUACAGCAAAAUGUUGGUGAUCCACCAAGCGUUUCUUGCGCCAGAUCCGCCGGAUUGGGUGUUUUUCAUCGACUGCGAUGCCUUCUUCACAGACGCAGGAACGAGCUUGCAGGAUGUUCUGGAGACCUACGGCGCCGGCGGCGCUGCCGGCCCGCAUUUCCUGGUAGCAGAAGAUCCGGGUGGCAUCAACACAGGGACACUUCUUUUCCGAAGGAGCGAGUGGUCACUCUCAUUCCUGGAGCAAGUCGCGAGCAGUCAGUUUGCAGUCGCCUGGGAUCAGUCGAUGUUCUUCUGGGAGAUCUUGAAAGCUGGGCUGCUGGCUGAGCAACUGGAGCCGUCCCUGCUGCAAGCGGACUACGCGUGGCCUCCAGAAGUCGCACUGGUCCACCAGGCCCACUUAAAUGCCUACGUUCCUCCGGCCUCCACGGAUUGGUCAGCGCACGAGUGGAGGGAAGGCGAUUUCGUGCGGCACUUUGCUGGCUGCCCAUGGCAGGACCUGGGCGGCACGUUGUUGGAGCAGUGUCCCUGGUGCGUGCUCGGCCCUGCUAGGCAGCUAGGCCGUACGCCACAGCACUCAGCAGCAACGAGUAGUGGGCGCAACGACGUUGCGGAGGAGGAGGAGGAGGAGGAGGAGGAGGAGGAGGAGGAGGAGGAGGAGGAGGAAUAG